AUGGCUGAGUUGGCCCACGGGGGAGUAGCCCAUGUUGUUGUUAUUGUUGUUUUUAUUGUUGUUGUUGUUGUGGACGAUGACGAUGAUGAUGCUGGUGCUGCUGCUGCUGCUGCUGACAAUGACGAUGAUGAUGUCGACAUGGUGGUGUGUGGCCGAAGUAUCCGAGCAUCCGUUGUCGCGGCGCGCGCUCUCAGUCUCUCCGCUCCCAUUGUUGCUGGCUCGCAGCGUCUCGGCUCAGCUUGCUGCUCGGUGUCUCUUUCGUCACCCUUGACAGGUCGAUUCACUCCGGUCGUGGUAGUCAGCGGCAGCGGAUCGGUCAUAGCGCCAUCGCAGCAUCCCCUUCGGUCAACAGACUUCUCGUCAUUCCAUGUUGUUAGAGGGGCCAUCCAUGCGGCAUUAGUCUGCCGCGCCCCGUCCAAGAGCCGCGCGAGGAUGCUGGCGAUGCCUGCCGCUAUGAGCUUGACGCACCGACGGGACGAUGCUGACAGAGCUUCCGUUGCUCACAAGAAGGCGUAG